UUCAGGCGUAAUUUAUGUGUUGUGCAAAAUGUGGUUACAGAGGCAGAAGGGAAGAAGGACUACAGCUCUGUAAGCGAUAAAGAGUGGAAGAAACAGUUAACCGACCAACAGUUUUAUGUUACUCGUCAAAAGGGUACCGAGAGGGCUUUCACCGGAGAAUAUUGGAACACUAAAACUCCCGGAACUUACAGUUGCAUAUGCUGCGACACUCCGUUAUUCGAGUCAUCCACCAAGUUCGAUAGUGGAACUGGAUGGCCCUCGUACUAUCAGCCAAUUGGGAACAAUGUGAAAUCAAAGCUAGAUUUGUCGAUUAUUUUCAUGCCCCGUCAAGAAGUUGUUUGUGCAGUUUGUGAUGCACAUCUUGGUCACAUAUUCGACGACGGGCCCCCACCUACCGGAAAGCGUUAUUGUAUCAACAGCGUUUCACUGAAACUGCAUCCGAAGUAGACCAGUGGCCUUUUCAGCACAUACGAGAUGGGGCAGUGGAUCGAUGCCAGACGAACUCGGGUACAGAAAGUUGUAUUUUUUUAGUUACGUAUAUAAGUUGGAAACUUAUAUAUACCAUGUAAUUGUUCGAAUGAAAUACGGACUUUGUCACGACGUUGCUCACUGGUUUGGUUUGAUUUGAUAUAUAUUGGUAAAUGUUGCUACUUUGGGUCGAUGAGUUUUACUUUCUCACUGUCGAUAGUGCAGUUCGACAUUUCUG